CUCAGAGCCGCCCCCUCUGGGGUCCAGGGAGCCUCCUCUCGAGGCUACGGGAUCCGUUCCCUCCUGCCCGACACCUUCCACUUGGCCUCGCGUGGGCUACCUCUAUAAGACAUGCGGUUUAUUGCACCGUGCUUUAUAUCACCUUCAUUGUUCAAUUGCCUCUAAUUUUUAUGAGAAGGGGGAGUGCUGUAAAAUGCUUGCAUCAUCGAACGAGCACCGUGCUUGGAUAGGCAGAGACAGCAAACUCUUGCACUGGGCUGCCGGCCGCCCGAGGCGCAUCCGGGCCUGGUGCACGAGGGUCUCGGCGGGAGGUGGGAGGCACGGCAGGCCACAGGCUAGAGAGACAGCCCUCUGGUGCCGCACCGGCAUCAUCAGCCCCCGGGGACCACGGAGGCAGCCCAGCGUCUGGAGCUCCAUCACACCUGUCGCGCACAGACCAGUCGAUUCUCUGCACCGAAGUCCGCUCGCCUCAGCAAAACCAGUCCCCACUGAACGCCCUGAAUUCUGUUGCUGGAAUCCUAGCCCUCCCGUCACUGCAGAAGUUUUCUGUCUGAGCGAUGGGACCCCACACACCGGGCACAGGCAGGGAGGACUGGGGGCAUGGGGCAGAAAUGACAGCAGGGGCUCCGCACCCUUCACGGCCCCCGACGUGGCCUCCGCACCCGGGCCAUCCAGCCGGGCCAGCCCUCGGCCUCUAGGAGGGCACCCGUGCUUCUGGGUUUCAGAAUGCGUCGCCCUUCAAACAAAGGCAGGGCCUCGCAGAUUCCUAUCCUGCCCUCUGCCAGGGAGCCUCGCUGCCAAGACUCACAGGCAUGUGUGCCCGCCUCCAGCAACUCUAGCCGAAGGGCCUGGCCGGGGCUUUGAUCUGGGUCCUGGAGCACAGUGUGGGAAGCUCGCUGCAGCUCAGGCCUGGGAACAAGCCCGGGCAUCCCAGCUCGCUCCCUCCCCUGCAGGGCUCGGUAGAGGGGCCGUGAGGACAGCCAGAGGCGCCCAGGACGAAAUGCCGAUCUCAUGGGGGAGGCUCCAGAUGUCCAGGUGCAAACCGUGUCCCAGCCUCCAGCCUGGAUGCUCUGAGAGCACCCACGCCUUCCCACGAGGUCACAGAACGCACGCUCCCGGCCCCCCGUCGCCCGUCCUAAAUCAGCCGGUGCCUACUAGUUAUUCAUUCAACCACCCAUCCGCCAAAUGCACCGGGUCCCCACACCCCGGGCGACGUGCUUCAUCCAAGGGUGGACAGUGAGUCGAUCUGAGCCUCUGGCCGGGCGAAGACUUGAGCCUCACCCCAAAGACAUGUGGGAAACGGAGCCUCAGAGGUGACACUUUCCUGCUCUGUGGCUGGUACAUGAGAGAGAGACAGCAUCCUUGGGAAUGGAAUGCUUUAAAGAUUUUAUUUAUUUUUUAAGCUUAUUUAUUUUGAGAGAAAGAGAGAGGGAGAAUCCCAAGCAGGC